CAUGAAAUAUGGGAAACUCUUGAAAUGAAAGACAAGACUUUGCACAAACAUCUACGUGAGGAUAGACAGUUUGCAGUUGGAUUCCAUGACAAUGAAAGCAUUGAGAAUAUUAAGCUGUCAAUAAUUGAUGUUGUGCAAAAUCUACAUCACUGGGGAGAAAAACUUCCACAAUCAUGGGCUAUGUUUGAAAAAUUCUUCCAGGAAAAGAAAUCCCAGAGGAUAAUGAAAAAAGAAAUGCUGCUAGCUUUCAAUGAUGCAUUACCAGAGGGAAUAAAGCUCCAAACAGUUGACAUCAAUUUUAUGCUGCAGUUUUUCCAUGACAUCAGAGAAAUUUUAUACUUCAACCAAGAACUACUCAAUGAAGUAAUUAUUCUUGAUGUGCAGUGGUUUGCAAAUUUAUUUAAAAAUGUAAUAACAGAUAAAAACCAUGCAGAGAAGGAUUUAUGUAGGUUUGCAUCAGACUGGAAAAAAUUUGAUAAAACUGGAGUAUUGAAUGACACUUUACUAUCAGCUAUUUGGGAAAUGAAGAGAAAUACCGACAUUGAACACAAAGCAGAUGUCAUGCUAUACAUGGAGAAACUAGGAUUAUUAGCGAAAUUGGAUGACAAAAAAUGGUAUGUUCCCUGUAUGAACAAAAUGCCAUUUCCUGCAAAUCUCUUUACUUCAUACCCUGCCUCAUCCAUCCUCUGCUACGUGUUUGAUGUUCUUCCUGCUGGCAUUUUCCAUCGCCUUGUAGCUACAUGCAUGCAAAUUCCUUGGGAAAUUGUAACAGAGAGAGACAGACUAUGUAUAUACCAGACAACAGCUGUAUUCUUGUUUAAGGAUCAUAACAUAUUACUUGGAAUGACUCCGAGAGAAAUUCAGUUACAGGUGUUUGUUAUUGAAGGAGAAGUUGAGAUAUCAAAAUGCUACGAAGUAAAGGAAAAAAUUGACAGUUUACUAAAUGUUCUUUCCAGAACAUUCCAAACUGACUUUAAAUUUAUGCUUGGCUUUAAAUGCAAAUCUACAGGAUUUUGUGAUAAUCAAGAAAGUUCUGUUAUCAAUGAAUCAGAAUUUACAAGACCAACUUUUCAGUGUCCUUGCUGUCCAAUAGAGAGAAAGCACAUCAUUAACACAAAUGAUGUCAACAAAUAUUGGAUGCAGGUACAAGACAAUGAAGCUGGACCUACUGAAGCUAAACGUAUAUGUAAAGGUUCACCGUCAGGGAGUUCUGGUCCCAGUGAAUCACAUGCCAAAGAUAACUUUGCCAAAAUUCUAAAGUUAUUGCAAGUUGGAACUGAUGCAGUUAGAAUCUGCUUUGAUAAAUUCUUCCCUAAAGAGAAUUUAGAAAAGACUCUGAAAGACAAUGAAACAGACAUGAGAAAAGGACAGUUUCGAUUCCUACCACCUCAACUAGAGAUUCUUUUCCCUCAAGGUGGAUCGAACACUGAUGUAUCAUCUUUAUCUAUGGACGUUACAAUUAUGUAUAAAUUGUUGCGGAAUUUCUCUGACAUUUCUCCCCCUCAAAGUGGAUGGGGAAAAGAACCGAAAAUAAUUCACAUUACAGAGAGUGACGAUAUAGAGAGAAUUCGUUUAUAUAGAAAUAAGUACAGCCAUGAUCCAGGAAGUAGCACUGUGACAAGUGAUGACGUCUUCAAUAUAAUCUGGACUGACCUUUCUAAGGCCAUACUAAGACUUAGUGGUGACGUUUUGAAGAGAAGGAUAAGUGAAAUAUAACUGAGUGGAUAAUUAAAUUUGUCAACAUAAAUGUGACAAUAACGAACAUUUCUAUUAGGAAAAAAAAGGGAUGUCUUAAUGGUGAUAUUAAGCCACAUUUAUAGUGCAAUAUAUUAUAGUGCUGAUUUUAAUUUUGACAAACAAGAUAUUCAUUUUCCUAUGACAACGUAAUGAUGUGAAAUACCCGCCAUGGUUAACAGUUCAAUAUUGAAUUUGAAUUUAUUUUAGAGUGGUAUUUUACAUUUUAGUUAGCCAUGAUGUUUUUUAAUCUAUAUCUGUACAUAUUGUAACUAAUCGUGCUUUUGUUCGUUUAGAAAUUUUCAUUUAUCUUUAUCGAUAAAUGAUCGAUAUAUUUUAGGAAUGACUCUAAUUAUUGGCCAAAUUAUUCGAGUAUAACCUGG